AAAUGAAAGUCUCAACCUAAAGCUGAAUUUACCAGACCUGACGGAGAGCUCACCAACUGCUCUCUGCAAACAUCUACAGUAGAUUUUAUUAAUCUACAAAGACAAAACAACUAAAGUCAGGUUUUUUAUUCUUUGUUUGUUUUUUGUUAAGAACAAAUAGUUUAUUAUUUAUUACUUUUAAAUUAUUUUCAACUACACCUUGUCAGCCAUGAUGUCUAACAGUGAGCUUUUGGAAAUAACUGGCAACGAGCUGGUUCACAUACUCAGGACACCCCGGGACCAGUACACCUCUGCCGGGUGUGUGGUGCUGGACUGCAGGCCUUUUCUUGAUUUUUCUUUUGCCCACAUCUGCGAUUCCGGAAACGUCAACUGGAACUCAAUGCUCCGUCGUAGAUCCAAGGGUUCAGUGGUGGCUCUAGAGUGGCUCAUCCCGGAUAAGGCGCUCCUGGGCCGGCUUCGGCGCGGGGAGUUGUCCCCGGUGGUGGUGGUGGAUGAGAGGAGCCGCUCCGUGUCCGAGCUGAAGGCAGAGAGCGUGGCCCAGAUGCUGCUCACAGCCCUGCAGAACGAAGUGCAAACGCAGCUCUGCUUUCUGCAAGGUGGAUUUGAGGGAUUUUCAGAGGCCUAUCCAGAUCUCUGUUCCAACUCCACCAGCAAACAUAUCUCAACAGUGGAACCAGAGCCAGUGGUGACGGGUAGGAGGACACCAGCAUAUGAUCGGGAUGGUCCAGUGGAGCUGCUGCCCUUCCUGUAUUUAGGCAGUGCCAUCCACUCCUCCCGCAAAGAGACCCUCGCAGCAGCAGGCAUCACAGCUGUGCUCAACGUUUCCUCCACAUGCCCCAACAUCUACGAGGGGGAGUUCGAGUACCUCCGGCUCACUGUGGAGGACAACCUAGCAGCAGACAUCAGAGCCUGCUUCUCCACAGCCAUCGCCUUCAUCGACUCAGUGAAGCAGAGUGGUGGUCGGGUGCUGGUGCAUUGCCAGGCAGGUAUCUCUCGCUCUGCCACCAUCUGUCUGGCUUACCUCAUACACACACAGCGCGUCAAGCUGGAUGAGGCCUUUGACUUUGUGAAGCAGCGGCGUCACGUCAUCUCCCCGAACUUGGCCUUCAUGGGACAGCUGCUGCAGUUUGAGACUGACGUUCUCUGUCAGGGGUGAAGACACAGGCAUAUUAAGCAGAGGGAUAUUUACAGGACUGUUACUUUUUUAUUACUGCCUCUUGUAGGCUUGACUAAGAGCAUUAUCAGGAGUCAAACCAUAUGUACAAAAAUGAGUACAUUCAAAAAGUGUAUGAUUUGUACAUUCAGAGAAAGCUACUUGUGUUGCUGGCAUCACAUGGCUGAUAUAUCUUCUAGUUUCAGGAGAAACUGAGAUCCUGAUACAUCAAACUGCAGUUGGUAAUACAAACUCCACUGUUAGAACCACGUUAUGAACUGCUGUGAUUCUGAGCCAGCAAGUUAGAGCAGCUAUGAGGUAAUUUUCUACUUCAGGGGAAAUAAUACCUGCUUGUUUGGUUUUGUGUUUGUGUGUUUGAUUUAUGUGCCUGAUGUUUUGCAAGGGCUGUCUUAUUUUGAAACCAAAAGUCAUUUCUUCACAGUUACGACCACUGUGAGAUAACAUGUCUUUAUUUUUAAUGAAACAACACUGUGUUAACUACUUAAGGCAAUGCUGGAUGAAUCACAAGUUUUAUUGUCUGAUUUAUAAAAAUGCACUAACUACAUCUGGUGUCUAAUUGUUCUGUAUUGUGAGACAGAUUACACUUGGUACACACAAACUGGAAGAAGUUGUUUUUUAUUGUAAAUAGGAUUUUUAUUUAUUUAUUGUUUCAACAUUUAUUAUGACAGUGUUAUUUACUGUUAGUGCACUUUAUACUUACACAGUCUGGUUCAUUUCCACUGUUUCUUUUUCUCCACUAAAAUAAAAACCUGCUGGAGUGAACACUGA